CCCCGCACGAGCUUUCCCGGGAUAAGUAGCUUUAGCGAGCAGGGGGAGAGCCGGGUGCUGCAAGAAAUUGAAGAGAACCCUGAUUACUAUCGUGUUGGGAGAGGAUUGAAGGAAGCCAGACCAGUUCCUCACUCUCAGAGCUUCUUAGGGGCCCUCUGGCUCCCAGGCAACCUGCAGCAGGACCUCUGGUUGGACCAUUGAGGCUCAGAAACAGAACCGAGGACGGAACCCACUCCCCUGAUUCUUGGUUUAGGGCUUUUUUUCACUGUGCUUCUGGGCACUCGUUGGAGGGAAGAUAUUUUUUCCUCAAUUGACACUACUGUUGCAGUUUGCUGAAACUUGUGCCCUCUGACCAUUCGAAGAGCUAUUAUCUGAGAGUCCAGCAAUGUCUCACCCCUCUUGGCUGCCACCCAAAAGCACUGGGGAGCCCCUUGGCCAUGUGCCUGCGCGGAUGGAGACCACCCAUUCCUUUGGGACCCCCAGCAUUUCCGUGUCCACACAACAGCCACCAAAAAAGUUUGCCCCAGUAGUUGCUCCAAAGCCGAAAUACAACCCAUACAAGCAACCUGGAGGUGAAGGUGAUUUUCUUCCACCCCCACCCCCACCUCUGGAUGAUCCUGGUGCUCUUCCACCUGGCUCUGGAAACUUCCCUCCUCCACCACCGCUUGAUGAAGGUGCUUUCAGGGCACAGGGAAAUCCCGGAGGCAAGACCCUGGAGGAGAGGCGCUCUAGCCUGGAUGCCGAGAUCGACUCGCUGACGAGCAUCUUGGCUGACCUCGAGAGCAGCUCUCCCUACAAGCCGCGGCCCCCGCAGGGCUCUACUGGUGCCACAGCCUCUCCUCCAGUCUCCACCCCUGUCACAGGACACAAGAGAAUGGUCAUACCAAACCAGCCCCCACUGACAGCAACCAAAAAGUCUACACUGAAACCACAGCCUGCUCCUCAGGCUGGACCCAUCCCUGUGGCUCCAAUUGGAACACUAAAACCCCAGCCUCAGCCAGUCCCAGCCUCCUACACUACGGCAUCCACCCCAUCAAGGCCUACCUUCAAUGUGCAAGUGAAGUCAGCCCAGCCCAGCUCUCAUUACAUGGCUGCCCCUUCACCAGGACAAUUUUAUGGGCCAGGGCCUGGGCCCCAGAGCUAUAACACUCAACCAGUUCCUAUAUCUGGGCAGUGUCCACCUCCUUCAACACGGGGAGGCCUGGAUUAUGCAUAUAUUCCACCACCAGGACUUCAGCCUGAUCCUGGGUAUGGGUAUGGUCCUAACCAAGGGCGCUAUUAUGAAGCCUAUUGCCCAGCGGGGCCUGCAUAUGGGGGCAAAAAUGAUCCUGAUCCUGCCUAUGGUCAACAAGGUCACCCCAAUCCCUGGAAGCGGGAGCAAGGGUACACUCCAUCUGUAACAGGAAACCAGCACCCUGCUGGGAUGUAUCCAGUUGCUGGUCCCAAGAAGACCUAUAUCACAGACCCUGUUCCAGCCCCCUCUGCACCUCCACUGCAACCAAAGGGUGGACAAACAGGGUCAAAGGGGCCUCCGGCUGCUCCCCCCUCAUUCCGCCCAGAAGAUGAGCUGGAGCAUCUGACCAAGAAGAUGCUGUAUGACAUGGAAAAUCCACCUGCUGAUGAAUACUUUGGCCGCUGUGCUCGCUGUGGGGAAAAUGUGGUUGGGGAAGGGACAGGAUGCACUGCCAUGGACCAGGUCUUCCAUGUGGAUUGUUUCACGUGCAUCAUCUGCAGCAACAAGCUCCGAGGGCAACCCUUCUAUGCUGUGGAGAAGAAAGCCUACUGUGAGCCCUGCUACAUUAACACCCUGGAGCAGUGCAGCGUGUGCUCCAAGCCCAUCAUGGAACGGAUUCUCCGAGCCACCGGUAAGGCCUAUCAUCCUCACUGCUUUACCUGUGUGAUGUGCCACCGCAGCCUGGAUGGGAUCCCGUUCACCGUGGACGCUGGCGGCCUCAUCCACUGCAUCGAGGACUUCCACAAGAAAUUUGCCCCCCGGUGUUCUGUGUGCAAGGAGCCUAUCAUGCCAGCCCCAGGCCAGGAGGAGACUGUCCGGAUUGUGGCUCUGGAUCGCGAUUUCCACGUUCACUGCUACCGCUGUGAGGAUUGCGGCGGCCUCCUGUCUGAAGGAGAUAACCAAGGCUGCUACCCUUUGGACGGGCACAUCCUCUGCAAGAGCUGCAACUCUGCCCGCAUCAGAGUGUUGACCGCCAAGGCUAGCACUGACCUUUGAGUUCAGUGGCCCGUUCAGCCGGUUAGUUGGUGGCACUGAGAAGAAUGAAACACAUACACACACACACACACAAAAGAAGAAGAAAAGCAAUAGAAAAACAGAAGAAAGGCAAUCAAGCUAUGGGAUGAUCUCUAUUCUUCAUGUAGUAGUAACCUUUCUGUAGAAACACAUAGAUUAUGAGAUUUCUUUUUACGUUCUUAACCAAGUACACAUUUCACAUUUAAUUAUGUAGGAUGUUGAUAGGCCUUUGUUCCCAAGGACUUCCACAUUUUUGCACGGAUUAUGCACCAUCCCAUUCACUUCUGCAUUCCUGUAACUUUUAAUCCCUGUUUGUCUCACUUUCAUCUGGUUGAAUGGCUUUUUUUAGCGUGGUAUUUGCUGUCACACAGAUUUUCCUGAGUAGGUUCAGCCAACCCACAGGUGCUUUUAGGCUUGAAGUCCCUCCAUCCUGUCAUAUCCACGUUGCCUGUGAUCAUAAAAGAUAGCCAUUCUUUCUUUGUGUAUUAAAAAGUAUGUCUUUCUGUGGCUCUAAACUGGUCAUGUCCCUUGGAAAAAAUGCACAAUUUAAAUGUUAGGCUAUAAAGAAUUUAAGCUGUAAAUUACAGAGUUUAAAACAAGCCCAAAUUUGUAACCACCCUAAUUCAAAAUCCAUAUUGAUCAGUAGUCAAGGGCUCAUUUGAAAACAGAUAUUAGUGAGAGAGAUCCCAACUUUCAAACUUUUUUUGAAACAAAAUGUAAGUGCGAUAUGCUGACAAUGCAUUUGGGGAUAUGUUUGAAAAGGCCGCUAUUAUCCCACAAUAUUAUCUUAAGAUUUCCCUUUUCCAUGUUACCUGGACACAGUUGAUUGUCUCUAGAACAUAAAAUGUUUCUAUAUUGCCCAACUUUUCAUAUCAGAAAUGUUGAUAUAUUUUCUAAUAUUCAAACAUGACUACCAAAACUGACUUUUUCUUUAGCGAAAGAUAGCUUUAAAGAACAGUUCAAUCCCUUUGCCCUGUGGCCCAGGUCCUUUUGCCUAAUAAUUGCAAAUCAGAGCACAUAAAAUGUAUAGUUUUGUUUAGUUUAAUUUAAAAAAACAGAAAAACUUGAAAAGAUUGUGAAGCCACAAUUUUAUUAUUCUCUUAAUCUAUCUGCAACUUAAAAUACACAUUACAAGAGACAUUGUCAUAUCGAUACAACAUUGUCGUAUCAUCGAUGUGACAUUUACACCACACUUUCAAGGACAAUCAUGGGGGGGGAAAUCACUUUU